CUGAGCAGCGCGUGGAGAGCAAAAACAGGGGUUUUGGGCCAUGUGAGAGGAGAGAGCGGGGUAGAGUGCGCGCUGUGCAGCGGCGCCACCAUCCAUACGUAUUAUGGCAUCCUCGUCUUCCCCAUCGCCCGGUAAGCAGUGGCCGCCAGGGUUUAGAUUCCGCCCCACGGAUCAGGAGCUUGUGGGCUUCUAUCUGGCGCGAAAGGUGUCGGGGCGCAGCAUCCAGGCCAACAUAAUUGCCGAGGUGGAUCUCUACAAGUGCGAGCCAUGGGACUUGCCUGGGAAAUCGUAUGUGACGGAUGUGGAGUGGUACUUCUUUAGCCCUCGCGACAGGAAGUAUCCCAAUGGCUGGCGGACUAACCGGGCCACCGAAGCUGGCUACUGGAAGGCGACUGGAAAGGACCGAACUGUGCGCUCGGGAUCUCGCGACAUCGGUAUGAAGAAGACGCUGGUUUUCUACACCGGCAGGGCGCCCCACGGCCAGAGGACGGACUGGAUUAUGCACGAGUACCGACUGGACGAGGAUGAUCGCAAGUGCUCGUAUGCGCAGGACGCAUUCGUUGUUUGCCGGGUGUUUAGGAAGUCGACUGCCAAGAAGGAGGAGGAGAACGUCCCAUGCUAUCCGGAGGGGGAUUCGUUCUUCUCGCUAGACAAUGAGACGGCCGACAAUGAAACAGCCGAGGUGGAGGUUGCCGCGGAGACGGAGGUGGCGUCCGUGGAGACUACGACCAACACAGAGGUUGCAAAGGAAGAGGCACCGGGCGGAAACGAUGAGCUCGAUGCCUUCCUUGCCAUGCUUUUGGACGAGCCAGUUCCUGACCUGGCACAGGUGAUGGAUUACCCAGACAGGAACCCUGGAGAGCUGUCUUUUGCUGAUCCCGAGGGUAUCCUGGAACAGAUUGACCAGCCAGAAGAUCUGAUGAAGGUUUUGGCUGAAGACGACUUUAUCGAGCUUGGUGACUUCUCCAAUCUCGAGGACAAGUACGAUCAAGGCGCGGGUGACUGUAUUGUGGACGCGCCGUCAAAGCAUCUGACGUCCAACUGGAGGGAAGCCGACGAGCACAGUUUGCUGGUCAUGGACGACCCCUGCCUGCCAGGAGGUGGCGACUAUUACCUGGCUAAUGGUGACGAUAGCGAGGAAGGAGGAGACAGGGGUCCAUUGAAGAAGAUCUUGAGUCUGCUUGGGUCGGUUCAGGUUCUUCCGGCCUCGGCAGCAGAGCACCCAGACAAGGAGAAGCUGCUUGUGAGGGGAUCGUCGUCGACAGUGGCAGCCACAACAAUGAACGUUCGUGUGACUGUCAAGAUGAUCUCGCCCAAGCGGAAGCAGGCUGCUGGUGCCGUGGUGCAGCGACAAGACAAGGCCAAGGGUGGUCGCUAUGGGGGAAACCUCUUGUUUGUCUUCCUGGUGGGAUCACUGACGGCCCUGUUUUGGAUGCUGGUGCUGCCGGGCAUGACGGGAUUGACAAGCCACUUUGAAUCUACGCUCUCGCAAUAGCCACGCUUGCUAAUGUGUAAAAGCCACAAACACUUGCGUUUUAUUAUAAACCCAUGGCCUGUAUGUUAGGCACAACCA